CGCGCUCUCUCCCGCCGUCCCCACCGUCCCCCGGGCCGGGCCCCGCCGCCAACAUGUCGGGGGUGCGCGCCGUGCGCAUAAGCAUCGAGUCGGCGUGCGAGAAGCAGGUGCAGGAGGUGGGCCUGGAUGGCACCGAGACCUACCUGCAGCCGCUGUCCAUGUCGCAGAACCUGGCGCGCCUGGCACAGCGCAUCGACUUCAGCCAGGGUUCGGGCUCAGACGACGACGAGCCGGGCGCCGAGGGCGACGCGCACGACUGGUCGGGUGGCGACCCCGACGAUGACGAGGGCCUGGUUCGGCUGCAGCCCUCGCUCUGGCCCUGGGACUCGGUGCGGAACAGCCUGCGCGGCGCGCUCACCGAAGUCUGCGUGCUCUACGACGUGCUCAGCGUCGUGCGCGACAGGAAGUUCAUGACACUGGACCCCGUGUCCCAGGACGCGCUGCCGCCUAAGCAGACGCUACAGCUGAUCUCUAAGAAGAAGUCUCUCGCUGGGGCCGCCCAGAUACUGCUGAAGGGGGCAGAGAGACUGACCAAGUCUGUGACGGAAAACCAAGAAAACAAGCUGCAAAGAGACUUUAACUCGGAGCUUCUGCGGCUGCGGCAGCACUGGAAGCUCAGGAAAGUGGGCGACAAGAUCCUGGGCGACCUCAGCUACCGGAGUGCAGGCUCGCUCUUUCCCCAUCACGGUACGUUCGAGGUCAUAAAGAACACAGACAUCGACCUGGACAAGAAGAUUCCUGAGGACCACUGUCCCCUCGACGUCCAGAUUCCCAGUGACUUAGAGGGUUCUGCGUAUAUCAAGGUUUCAAUUCAGAAACAGGCUCCGGAUAUAGGGGACCUCGGCACAGUGAGUCUCUUCAAGCAGCCUAUGCCCAAGUCCAAGUCAGGCACCCCACACUGGCAGACGAAGCUGGAGGCGGCACAAAAUGUUCUGUUGUGUAAAGAGAUCUUCGCACAACUCUCUCGAGAAGCCGUUCAAAUUAAGUCGCAGAUCCCCCACAUUGUGGUGAAAAACCAAAUUCUCUCCCAGCCCUUUCCAAACUUGCAGUUGUCCAUUUCCCUGUGUCAUUCCUCCAACGAUAAGAAGUCCCAGCGCGCCGCAGCUGAGCUGCCGAGUCCCGACGACCACCUCUAUGUCCUGGAACACAAUCUGCAUCUCAUGAUUCGAGAGUUCCACAAGCAGACCGUGAGUUCCGUCGUGAUGCCCCACCCCGCCAGCGCGCCUUUCGGCCACAAGAGGAUGAGACUUUCAGGUCCUCAAGCAUAUGAUAAGAAUGAAAUCAGCUCCUUACAAAGCAGUGAGGGGCUUCUGGAGAAGAUAAUCAAACAGGCCAAACACAUCUUCCUGAGGAGUCGAGUGGCAGCAACCAUUGACAGCCUGGCCAGCCGCAUCGAGGACCCUCAGAUCCAGGCGCACUGGUCCAACAUCAACGACGCCUGUGAGUCCAGUGUCAAAGUUCUCAUCACCUCGCAGGGCUAUGAGCAGAUCUGCAAGUCUAUCCAGCUGCAACUGAACAUCGGGGUGGAGCACAUCCGUGUGGUACACCGGGAUGGGCGGGUGAUCACACUGUCCCACCAGGAGUUGGAGCUCCAGGACUUCCUCCUGUCUCAGAUGUCCCAGCACCAGGUCCACGCCGUGCAGCAGCUGGCCAAGGUCAUGGGUUGGCAGGUCCUGAGCUUCAGCAACCACGUGGGCCUCGGGCCCAUUGAGAGCAUCGGCAAUGCCUCCGCCAUCACCGUGGCCUCCCCGAGCGGUGACUACGCCAUCUCAGUUCGGAACGGCCCUGAAAGUGGCAGCAAAAUUCUGGUCCAGCUUCCCCGAAACCAGUGCAAAGACCUUCCGAAAAGUGAUGUCUUGCAGGACAGCAAAUGGAGUCAUCUUCGUGGGCCCUUCAAAGAAGUUCAGUGGAAUAAGAUGGAAGGUCGGAAUUUCGUUUAUAAAAUGGAACUGCUGAUGUCUGCUCUUAGCCCCUGUCUGCUCUAACUACAUCUAGAGGAGUUUUUAGAAGCACAGGGGAGAGAGACCUUCCAAGGGAACACUGUCCUAAAAAGGAAUCAUUUGCAAGUGUUUUGCAUUUGGAAUAUUUUCACUUUAUAAGUGGUAAAUGCUUUGAAAAGCAAAAGGUAAUGUAAGGUUAGCCUGAAAAGUUACUGACUUAAUGGAUUUCUGUUUGCUUUUUGAAGUAUUUGUUAAUUUCAAAUAAAGCAUACAGUGGAAUAGUCCA